CCCGAGUCCGUACGGAUGUUGCAGCGAUGGGACAAGACUGUAACUACCAAUUGGAUAACACAAAAAAGGGGUACAAAUGAUGAUGUCAUCACCCUGAGGAGGAUGAGCGGGCCAAUCAGCGGUCUACUUGCGUUCAUAUUUUUAAUGACCGGUAUAAGCCCACGCCACCCUGUUGUUGGGAUGACCGUUCUAGGUGGCCUGGUUGUUGAUUUAAGCGGAGCACGUUUCCCCUACAUCACUUCCGUUCAUCGAGUCAGAAAGACAGUGAAGAUGGCGGCUUUCGGACGAAUUUCUCAAACUCUCCUGCGGUCCUCAUUGAUCCAGACUCGUCAACUCUCUGCCACAGCGGCCCAUGGUCAUGGAGAGCAAACAGCCAGAACAUGGAAGAUCCUCUCCUUUGUGGUUGCCCUUCCGGGGGUUGCAGUGUGCAUGUUGAACAUGUACCUGAAAAUGCAGCACCAUGCUGCACACCAUGUGGAGCCAGAGUUUGUCCCUUACAGCCAUCUGCGCAUUCGCAGCAAGCGUUUCCCUUGGGGUGAUGGCAACAAGAGCCUGUUCCACAACUCUGAAGUGAAUGCCCUCCCUGAUGGCUACGAGGGACGUGAUGAGUGAUCUCUCCCUCAGACCACCUCACACACUGGGACCAGUCUCUUUCCUCAACUCAUUAGUUAUUGGACCACACUCCCCAAACUGUUUACUCUUCUCUAUUCUAUUAUGUUUACCUCUGUGCACCUGCCACAAGGGACCCAAAAUGUUAGUUACAUUUUUCUGGACCAUUUAACAACAUUUCUGCUUUAACUUAAAUAAAAUAAAUAAUUACCGAAAUA